UUAUUGGUUUUUUUUGCUUGAAAGGAAAAGCUUUAUUAACUUGUAGUAACUAGUUAGAAUUGAACAAUGCAGAAGCAAGAGAGAAAUAGUUGUGAAUUCGUGAUUAAACUAGUUAACUUGUAUUUUGUGAUGGUUUCGCUUCCGUUAUUUAUUUUUUCCAAACUGCUUUCAUUUGCUUGCCUUGAGCCGAGGGUCUAUCGGAAACAACCUCUCUACCUCUGCGUACACUCUACCCUCCCCAGACUCCACUUGUGGGAUUACACUGGUUUACAUGUUUACAAAUAUCCAAAGGCAAGAAGAGCGCACCGGAAAAUAUGGGACUCCGAGGGUGCAAUACCUUCAGGAAUUGGUGAGUCAGUUUCAGAAUGCAUCUGCUGAAGAGACAAAAGAGAAGAUUGUUGCUAAUUUGGCGAACUUUGCAUAUGAUCCUUUCAACUUUACCUUCUUGCGCCAGCUUAAUGUUAUAGAACUUUUCCUCGACUGCUUAACUGAGCCUAAUGAGAAGCUUGUGGAAUUUGGGAUCGGAGGGAUCUGCAAUGCGUGUGCUGAUCCAGCAAAUGCUGCUGUUGUCACUCAAAAUGACGGUAUCCCUCUCGUCAUCCAAUGCUUGUCAAGUCCUGUUAGGAGCACAGUAAAUUACGCGUUAGGAGCUCUGUAUUAUCUUUGCAAUGCAUCGAACAAGGAAGAUAUCUUAAAGCCAGAAGUAAUUGAUGCAAUCAAGAGUUAUGCAGCUGCAGGUGAAGUUAGUACAAGCUUCAGUAAUUUGGCUCAGGCUUUCUUAGAUAAACAUGUUCCUGAGCGUAACUGAGAUGAGUAGAAGGUUACAAGCACUCUCUGAACAUACUCCAAUUGUGGUGUUGAUUGAGGCGAAUCUAGGACUAGACCUUUAUGGGUUCUGAAUUCUAGGACAAGGACCUCAAGUGCUAGUAGCUGGGUUCUUUAACUUAAUUUUUGUACAUGUUUAAUGUAUUUCUUAACACAUAUACAGGUUCUGGGAGGGAAAAGAAAUGAACUUCUGUUGGAGCAAUGUUUCGGCCACUUUUAAAGCCAUUUAAAAUGCAUGACGUGAAGAAAUCGAUAUUGAUCCUAACUCAA